UGGUCACAUGACGGCGUCCGGGGAGGAUCAGGUGAACGGGAGGUGUCGUGGCGUCGAGUUACGCAGCAGCUGCAUUAUUGACGAUCCGCCGCCGCCGCCGCCGCCGCGGGCAGCAGGACGGCUCCGUCCGACAUGUUCGCCGCGGCCACCAAGAACUUUGUGAAGCAGGUGGGCGACCCGGGCCGCCUGGUGGCCGUGCCCAGCCUGAGCGAGGCGGACCGCUACCAGCCGCUCAGCCUGGUCAGCCUCCGCCGCCGCAGCCGCCGCUUCUGGAGGAAGAGCCGCUACGCCUCCACCGCCUUCUCCCUCAAGGACAUCCUGCUGGGCGACAAGGAGAUCGCCGCAGGCGUGUCGUCCUACCAGCUGCUGAACUACGAGGACCAGUCGGACGUGGCGCUGGGCGGCCGCUCGGCCCGGCCGCUCAUCAGCGACGUGGGCGUCAACGUGAGCGGCUCGCAGCAGGUCGCCGUCAAGGCCUCCUUCGGCAUCGUCACCAAGCACGAGCUGGAGCUGCCCGCCCUGCUGCGCGAGCUGGGCGCCAGGAAGGUGGCGCUGGACCACUGCCUGGUGCGCCAGUCCCGGGACGGCGGCCGCAGCGUCCUGUGUGUGGUGGUGGAGAGCAUCCGCACCACCCGCCAGUGCUCGCUGACGGUGCACGCCGGCAUGAGGGGCACCACCAUGAGGUUCCAGAUGGACGACGGCAGGAGCGGCGGAGGACGAGACAAAGCCGUGGUCAUCCCGGCUCACACCACCAUCGCCUUCAGCGUGUGUCCGCUGUACGUGAGGCUGGACGGAACCCUGGAUAUCUGCGUGGCUCCGGGCUCUCAGGGCGGCUUCGAGCGGGAGCAGAUCCGGGAGCAGCUGGGCGGCUUCCUGGGCCGCUUCUCUCUGGGACGCCUGCGCCGCUUCCUGUCCGGCAUCCUCUACGGGAACCCCUUCAGAGCAGGUCGGUGGGCGGGGCCUCCCGCGGGGGGCGGGGCCACAGUCUCUGACGGGCGUCUCCCCCCCCCCCCGGCAGAGCGCACCCUGGAGGAGCUGGCGCACUCCGACAGCUACGUGGACGACCUGGUGACGGACUACCUGGAGAAGGCGGCCAGCCUGACCGACGUGUCCACGGCGUACCUGAGGGACGGCGCGCACACGCGCGUCAACCUCCUGAAGCACAACGUGCGCAAGGGCCCGUGCGCGCUGUGCGGGAUGGGCAGCCAGCGGCGGGAGACGGUGUACGGCUGCCUGGAGUGUUCGGGCGGCGGCCACAAGUUCGUGCGGCUGCACGCCGUGCCCUGCUUCGACCUGUGGCACAAGACGCUGCGCUGAGCCCUGCCUGGCCCCGCCCACCAAGCCCAGCCCCGCCCACCAAGCCCAGCCCCGCCCACCUUCACACCGCUCUCCGAGGAUCUUCAAAAUUAAAGACAGCGAUGUUGAAGCGCACUGUCCACGAGGCUUUUACUUUGAAAGAGGAAGUGAGGGGGAAAAAUAAACAAGAAGCAACUGAUCCACUGCAGCAGAUGUUUGAUGAGAGAAAGAAAACCUGGAGACACGGAGAGGUCCAGGAGAAGAGACGAAGACGAAGACAAGUCGAACGAAAACCCAUUAAAUCAAAGUGCAACUGAAUUAAAAACCAAAAUGUGAUUAAAAGAUUAUCAAAUAAACUAAUUAAGAAAAUAGUUAUUGACAAAAGUCAUAUCUAAUCAGAGUAAAAUAUUUGUUGACUAAAUAAAAUUUCCUUCUGCAUAUUAAUAUUUAUUAAUUUAAUAUUUAAUCCUUACUUGUCCAAUUUUUAUAGUUAUUUGAUCCUAUAAAUAUCUUUUUUGUAUUCUGUGUGGUGAAACUACAGGUUUUCAUUCUGGGAUUAACAAAGUCAGGCUGCUUUUCACGAGGAAGUGUUUCGCUGCUCACUUCACAACGAGGUUAUGGUUCAAAUACUGUGUGAAGUUUGCAUGUUCUCCCCAUGUGGGAGAGUUUCCUCCCAUAUAAACAUGCAUAUGAGGUGAAUUAAUUCUCAGUGGCCUGUCCAGGAUGGAUCCUGCUCCAGACAUUAGACAUC